GGACUCCGCCACCCGGCCCCCGUAGACGGAUUUCUGAAUCCUUUUCCGGUUUUGAAAUCCUGAGGCUGGACGUAAACGAAAAAAGACCGACGGAUGGAGGUGAAACCGCACGAAAAUAACCGGGAAUCGACAGUUUACAAGAAAGCUACGGCACCAUACGUGUGUAUAUGAGAAAGAGAGAUAGAGAGAGAGAGAGAGAGAGAAUAACAACAAUAUAAUAAAACGAUCCACGAAAUCAAACCAGAUGAGGGAGGAGGAGAGACACGGGACACAGAGAGAGAGAGGGUCCCCGAGAAACGGAAAUCCAUGUUCUAAAUGGGUAAUUAUUCUGUGUUAAUGGGUUUUGUUCUCUGAUGCCAUUGAAGAGCAUGGUUUGCUUAAAAAUCGAUCCUCCCCUUUGCUAAAAAUCCAAUUUUCUCUUCCAAUUGUUUUUGUUCUUUCACCAACUAUGACGUCUAGGUUCUCCGGGAGCGCUGAUUUCUAUAGCUCCAUGGGAAUCAGCGGCGGAUCGGCGGCGUCAAACGAUAAUGGACAACUUCAAUACAGGUCACAAUUUCAUGUCGAUAGUUCUUCCCCGACGAUCCUUCCUCGACGAACCGAACUAGUCGGCAAACGUUCCCUAGCGGAACUAGAACGACAGCAGCUUCUUCGGCAUCAGCAGCAACUGCUACUGCAGCAACAUCAGCAGCAACAUCAACAACAACUCGUUGGUUCCGGCUUCUUUGCGAGGUCUGUUAAACCGAGGACUUACCACCACAACUCUCCGAUUUCUCCCUUAUCUCCUGUUGAUUUCCCCUCAUCGGAGGUGUCCGGGACAUCCACUUUGACGAAAAGUUUCGGACUCCCCCAUCUUCCACAGCUUCGGCCUCAACCGUUUAACCCUAUCAACCAUACUCAGAGCAACAGCCCUUCUUGUACCAACUCUGCUUUGUCUGGGAUUUCUUUCUCCAAUUCUGUUGCAAACCGAGUUGUGCCUCUUGAAUCGGAGCCAGACUCGGACAAGAUGAGAAGCCGGCUUCAAGAACUAGAGAAACAGCUCUUGGAUGACAACGACGAAGACGAAGGAGACGCGGCUUCGGUGAUCACUAGCAGUGGGUGGAGUGAAACUAUCCAGGGCCUGAUCCAAAAUCAGAAGCCUCUCUCGCCCUCUCCAACCUCUUCGUCGUCCUCGUCUUCGGCUUCUCCAUCCUCUUGCUCCAGUUCUUCGAAGCAGUCUUUGCUAGACGCUGCAGCGGCCAUCGCCGAAGGAAACAUGGACGCCGCUACGACGACUCUAGCCCGCCUGAAUCAGGUAUCCAACGUGCAAGGCGAUCCAGAACAGAGAUUGACGGCGUAUAUGGUAUCUGCUCUCCGGUCCCGCAUGAACCCAACCGAGAAUCCUCCUCCGGUGAUGGAGCUGUUCAGUGAUGAGCACAUGAUGGCGACGCGGAUGCUAUACGAGGGAUCCCCCUGUUUUAAGCUUGGAUUCACGGCUGCUAAUCUGGCAAUUCUUGAAGCCACGAGGGACCAACCCAACAAUGUCCAUGUGGUGGAUUUUGAUAUCAGCCAAGGAAGCCAGUAUAUGAGCCUUAUUCACGCGCUUGCGGACCGACAGCACGGAGAGCCAACCUCCGUGAAGAUCACCGCUGUUGCGGAACCCAGCAACGGAGAAACAGACGGGUUACGUGUAGUGGGGGAUCGGCUGAGGAAACAUGCGGAGCGAUUUGGAGUGGGCCUAAAGUUCAACGUGGUAAGCCGGAAAAUACGUGAUCUGAACAGGGAGACGCUGGGGUGCAACGAUGAGGAGGCACUGGCUGUGAAUUUUGCGUUCAGGCUCUACAGAAUGCCUGACGAGAGCGUGUCAACGGAGAACCCAAGGGACCAAUUGCUUAGGGUGGUGAAGGAGUUGGGUCCACGGGUGGUGACGGUGGUGGAGCAAGAGAUGAACGCCAACACGGCGCCGUUCGUGGGACGAGUGGGGGAGGUCUGCGCGUACUACCGGGCUGUGUUUGACUCGCUAGACGCGACCAUGCCCCGGGACUCAGCGAAGCGGGUGAAAGUGGAGGAGUGUUUGGGUAGGAAAGCUGCAAAUAUGGUGGCAUGCGAGGGAUGGGAAAGGAUAGAGCGGUGUGAGGUGUUGGGGAAGUGGCGUGCGAGGAUGAGAAUGGCCGGGUUUGAGGCGUGGUCACUGGGUCAACAAGUAUCCGAGUCAAUGCGGAGUCGGCUCAACUCGGGGUACCGGAAUAACCCAGGAUUCACUAUUAAAGAAGAGGGCGGAGGGAUGUGCUUUGGUUGGAUGGAUCGGGUGCUGACCGUCGCGUCUGCUUGGCGUUGAAGGAAGUAAUAUAAUUAUUAUUGUUAUUAUUAGAGGAGGAAAAUUCUAACCUUUUUUGUUGUUUGGUUACUCUCUCUCUCAAAUGGCUAAAUUUACUAGUUUGAUUAGGUUUGUAAUUGUUGAUUUUUAUAUAUUUUUGGGAAGGAAAAAGAGAAGAAAAGAAAAGGAGGGCACAGUACUAAAAAACAAACAAAUAAAUUUUGUUUUAUUAAUAUUAUUAUUACGUUACAAUUUGCAAUGCAUAUUGAAAAUUGAACAAAUAGACAUAGUGAUGCUUCGACUCCA